UUCCACAGUGGUUCAUGGGAGCAGUGUGUGAUGACUCUUGGGGUAUUGAGGAUGCAGAUGUGGUGUGCAGACAGCUGCAGUGUGGACGGGCCCUUAGUACCCACACACCAGCCUGGUUUGGUCCUGGAACUGGGUCCAUAUGGCAGAAUGAGGUGGAGUGUGAGGGGAAUGAGACGUCCCUGUGGAACUGCAGAUUUCAGCUGUGUGAAAAGGGUGAAUGUGGACACCAGGAGGACGUAGGAGUCGUGUGCUCAGAGUUUAAAGAGAUCCGACUCACGGGGGGCUGUAAGGGGAAUCUGAAAGUGUUCUACAAUGGAACCUGGGGUAAUGUGUGUUACAAUCAGAUGGAUGAUGAAACAGUAAACAUGGUGUGUCGAGAGCUGAACUGUGGAACAGGUGGAAGUCUGAUAAACACUGAAGCUCGAGUAAAAUCUGCUCCUAACUGGCUGGAUUAUCUGAAGUGUAGGAAACACGACUCUAAUCUGUGGCAGUGUCCAUCUUCACCCUGGGGACAGAACAGAUGUGAUAAUAGUAAUGAGGUGGCACAUAUUACCUGCACAGGUGGUCCACAAGAACACUGGUCUCUCAGGCUGAGUGGAGGAAAGGGAAGCUGCUCUGGGAGGUUGGAGGUGUAUUAUAACGCUACAUGGGGCUCCGUUUGUGAUGAUCAGUGGAACAUCAGUAACGCUCAGGUGGUGAGUGCUGAUAGGUUUGGUCCUGGUGAAGGGACUGUCUGGCUGAACAGAGUGAAGUGUCGAGGGGAUGAGAUUCACCUGUGGGACUGUCAUCAUUCCCUGAAGAAACACACUGACUGCUCUCAUGCUGGUGAGUGA